CUUAGAAACGGAGCCCUGCUGUUGUCAUUUACAACAAAAUGGCUGCUAAGGCGCAGAUAACGGGAGUUCAUUGAACGUUUUUAAUAACAGUCAUAAUAAUAUGUUUACGCCAAUAUUGUAUCUUAGGGAGAAUGUUCGUUGCAAAUAAUUGGAUAUUUCAAGAAUUUUCUUAUUUUUUGUAUUUGUGUUUCAUAGCUAGGCUCUUUAAAACCUUUCUAAUUUGCACUUUAACGUAGCUUGCUAUUGAAAUCAAGUUCUCGGUGUUUAAAAAAAACUUUACAUCUGCUUGUCGUUUUUGCUAUAUUAUGUCUGUUUUUGGUUAGUUAACUAGCUGCCGAAUCAGCUCGUAUACCACUAAAUUUUUUGGGAAUCAUUGAUUUUUAUUUUUUUUUUUUGCCUGCACUGUAUAUGGAAGCAUAGCUCGUUUUUCCUGGCGUCUCCAAACCUCCACACAGUGACCCCAGAAAGAAACUGAAGCAGUGACAGCGGCUGUUUGCUCAGUGAUAGUACGAAAGGGACUACGGCUGAAUUCUUCAUCUGUCAUUACGGGUAAUACGCGCUCCUUCGCGACUGAAAGCUGCAACAGACACGCUGAAUAAGGCAAGAAAGGGAUCCAAAAAUACAUGACGAGAACCAUUUGAUGGAAGAAAAGAAAAAGAAGAAACAAGACGAAAAGAAAAAGAAGGAAGCCACUCAGAAAAAGGCGGCAGAACCGAAGCACCAGGCGCCCGAGUCGGCCAAACCCCGGUGUGCCGCCGCACCCCCCACCGAGCCAGCCCCCGCACCCCCCUCGGUGACCCCGGGCACCAGCAGCGGAGGCGAUGGCAAGCGUCCCCCCCCCUGUGCCCCCCAGCAGCAGCCGCCGCCGACGCCGGCCUCCCGCCACCCGCCGCGAGAGCUGCCGCCCCGCUUCCGCCAGCAAGAGCACAAACAGCUGCUAAGGAGGGGCCAGCCACUGCCGGCCGGGAGCCCGCCCCUUGGGACCGCCUCCCAAGCCCUGUCCACCAAUCAGCACGCAGUGUCGUCCCAGUAUGAGGAUUCCCGUGGCGGGGGCUCGCCCACCGGUAGCGCCAGCUGGGACCAGCUGAUCGUGGACGACCGAGACGCUGAGGCGUGGCCCCGCGUCUCACGCGCCGACGGCCACGCCCUUUCGAAGCAAGCCGCGGACGCCGACAGCACUGCCGAGGGAGGCAGCAGCAUGAGCGGGGGCGCCGAGGGCUCCCCCCAAGCCUGUUACCCAGGCAACCACCCUGUCACCAGCACCGCCGGCCUGGAGGUGGCUGGCAAAGCCUGGGACAUUGGGCCUGCCCACUGUCCAGCUGCCAUUGGUGGAGAUGGGAAUCAUGAGACCCCGCCUACAGGAGGGAGGGGCCAACCCAGCUGGAGCUCCUCUGCCAUGAACCUGAACCCGAGUGCCAACCCGUCUGCCUGGCCCGUGCUGGGUCAGGAUGGCGCCGGCGGGUCACUAAGUGGGAACGCCCCACCCCCCGGGCUCUGUGGCCCAGUGGGAGGGUCUAUGGCGCAUAUGGGCGGGGCCAACACACAGUUGGGUGGGGCCAGUUGUAAUGCUGCAGGAAAUGGUGGCGUUGGCUCCUGGGGAGGAACAAUGACACCUGAUGGUCUGGAGAAGCCGCCCUCCCCCUCCGUGAACAUGCCCACCGGAGGCAAACCACAGAACUGUAAUGCCAACGGGCCGAUCCGCAGCAGCUGGGGCUCGUCAAACCCCGUCCGCACUGCUCCGGACUGGGAGGGUGGGACCACAGGCUCCACACCGGCCAAUCAGGAGAGCGGCUCAUCCUGGGACCUGGGCACAACUGCCUGGGGCCGUGGGAGCGACAGGGGGGCGGCUACACCUGGCUGGGACCAGAGCUCCAGCAAGGCUAAAGGGCCAGAGUCGGCAGGGAACCCCCAGCAGGAGCACACUGGGUCCUGGGGCUGCAGAGCCGGGACGCCCUCCAGCGAGGGCAGCAGUGACAGCCACGAGGGCCCCCCCCGGCACAGGAAGAAGCCCUCCACGAAGGAGGUGGACCCCCCGGUGCCUGCCCAGGACCUGGAUCCCCGCGUGCUAUGCAACACGGGCUGGGGCCAGACGCCAGUGAGACAGCACACGGUGUGGGAGACGGAGGAGGGGGGCGCAGAAGGUUCCGACCCCAAGCCCCCCACCGGGCGUGCAGCGGAGGCGGAGCAAAGGAGCGAAAUAGCUGGGCCUGGGGUCUCCACGGCUACGGGCUGGGGGGGUCCCGACCCGCACCCCAGGCCCAGCCGGGUCGAGCCGCACACCGACAGAAAGGUACACGCGGGGCCGUCAGGCUGGGCGGGCAGCUCAGCCGGAGCUGGAGAGGAAAUGACUGGCAGCUGGCACAGCUAUCAGGGGAAGGCCAAGCCGGUCCAGGGCUGGAGCGACGGCCCCCAGGCCACACCCCCCCAUGGCUGGGCCGGCAGAGGAGGGGCGCUGGGUGGGGAGUCCAAAGAGGGUAAGAGCGGUCCGGCAAAGCCGGCCUGGGAGGGUGAAGGAGACGGCUGGAAAGAGAGCUCCCUGGGCUGGGGGGCAGGCUCUCAGGAGGUGGGCGGAGCCUGGGGGGAACAGCUGCCGUCCCCCGAGCAGACCUGGGGAGGCAAAUCCCAGGAAGGGGGAGGCAGAGCAGGAGGCAGGGGGGGCCCGACCUCGGUGAAGCCGGGCAGCUGGAUCGGGGGCAGUGGGGGCAGCAGAGCCUUAGCACAGCGGGAGGCGGCUGCGGGGCAGCCCACCGGCUGGGAGGAGCCCCGCUCCCCCUCCAUCCGUCACAAGAUGGAGAUCGACGACGGCACGUCAGCCUGGGGCAACCCCAACAUCUACAGCAAGGCCAUCAACCUGUGGGACAAAAACAAGCCUCCAGGCAACCAGGAGCAGAGCUCUGCCCCCACCGGCAAUGGCAGCCAAUCCCAUCACAGCGUCUCGCGACACAGCCAGUUACCCGCCCCCUGCCACGGCCGCCCCGCCCCUGUCAGCGGUCCAGCCAAUCCAAGCAGGCCUCAGCAGCCAGGAGCACCAGGCAGGCCCCCCAUGGCAGCUGCAGCGUGGCCGGAGCAGCCGACCGUGCCCCCCAAAACCGAAUCCACAUGGGGGCAGCCAACCUGCCCCUCCGUCUCCGUGGACAACGGGACGUCGGCUUGGGGCAAACCCCCCGCUGGCUGUGGGGGCUGGGGAUCGGAGGGCCCCGAGGGGGCCGGGCCUUUCAGCAGAGGGGGUGUACCCCCAGGACCGGCCAGCCGCAAGCCAGCUCCCAAACCUAUGCAAGAAGGCUGGGGGGGUCGUAGCACGGAAGAGCCGACCUCGGCCGGUGGCCCGUGGGAGGCCAAGGACGUGGACGUGUGGAGUGGCACCGCCGCCAAGCAGGAGAGCAGCUCCUGGGGAAACCUGCCCAGAAAGGUGCCACAGAAGGUGACUGAGGGAAAAGCGGCAAAUAAGCAGGACGACUCCUGGAUCAUGAGUCACCUGAUCAAACAGCUGACGGACAUGGGAUUUCCAAGGGACCCGGCAGAGGAGGCGCUCAAGAGCACUGGCAUGAAUCUGGACCAAGCAAUGAGUGUCCUGCUGGAAAAGAAGACUGCCCUGGACAAGCGAGGCCUGGUGGGUGGAUCCGAUUACAGCAACGGGCCGGUUCCCAAGCCUGGACGGACGGCACUCCUGCCCAAAGAUCCCCCGCCAGACCGUCCUGCUUUCGGAGAUAAUGGUGGCGUAUUUGGCAGCAGUGGGGCAGCAUUAGCUCGCUCUGCCCAUUCGCAGCAUCAAGCUCCACCCCCUCUCUCACUGGCCACGCCCCUCAGCUCCUCCCAGACUGGUCACCGUGCUCAAGUGCCUCAGCUUCUCUCCCCUCAGGUCCAAGCGCAGCUCCUGCAGUUAGCGGCCAAGAGCGUCGGUCUGAACCCUGGGCUACUGGGCUCCCCAGCCAACCCCCAGCACACGAACCUUCUCAACCAGUUAUACCAGCUACAGCUGACUUACCAGCGUCUGCAGAUCCAGCAGCAGAUGCUGCAAACCCACCGCACUGCGUCCGGCCCGGCCAGGCAGCAGGAGCAACAGGUUGCACGUACAAUCAGCAGCAUGCAGCAACAGAUCCAGCAGCAGCAGCGGCAGCUGGCCCAGGCCCUGCUGAAGAAGCAGCAGGCGCCGACUCCCUCCCACCCCGGUGCCCCCAAAUCAGCCCUGGAUGGCUUUGCAGGCCACCACCCGGCUCCGGGCCUCGCCGACAUGCAGACCAAAGAGCCGCAGUCCGCUCCCAGCUCCUACGCCCCCUACUCUCUUGCCGGACUGAACCUGAACAUGAAUGUCACCGGCAUGGAGGCGGACAGCCUGUGUGUGAAGGACCCCUCCCAGCCGCAGUCUCGCCUGUCCCAGUGGACGCACCCCAGUCCUCGGGAAGGUGUCUCGGACCCAGGCUUCAGUAAAUACGGCUCUAUGUCCAAGCUGGGCCCCCCCCAGGGGAAGCCCACGAUGGACAGCUCCUUCAGCUACAACCUGCACCCCAGCGCCGAGUCCCCCACCAGCUCCCUGGUGACCUCUGAGGGCUGGGCUCAGGUCAAGGGCACCGGUGACAAGAUCUCCAAUGGGACCAGUGUCAACUGGCCACCAGGGAAAAUGUCAGACAAGCCCAGCUGGUCCACUGUGCCACCCAAGGCCUCGCUGUCCCAUGAGCUGUGGAAGGGGCUGCAGGUGCCCAGGAACACGACAGCCCCCCCGCGCCCCCCUCCAGGCCUGGCUAAUGCCAAGCCCUCCUCUGCAUGGGGGGGCAGCGGUCUGGGCCUGCCGGUGGGAUGGAGCACCACCUCCUACUCAGCAGGUAGCAGCUGGGGUUCAGACAGCUCGUCCAGAACAAGCAGCUGGUUGGUGUUGAGGAACCUGACCCCCCAGAUCGACGGCUCCACCCUGCGCACACUCUGCCUGCAGCACGGUCCUCUGCUGACCUUCCACCUCAGCCUGAGUCAGGGCAGCGCCGUCGUGCGCUACAGCUCCUCCGAGGAGGCCGCCAAGGCCCAGAAGUCCCUGCACAUGUGUGUUCUGGGGAACACCACCAUCCUGGCCGAAUUUGCCGGUGAGGAGGAGGUGAAUCGCUUCUUUGCACAAGGCCGCUCGCUCACACCACCAGCGUCCAAUCAGGGGCGGCUAGGGCUGGCGGGGGCGGGGCCAUCGCACAGCACGGGCCAAUGGAGUGACGGCCGGGUCGAGGCUUCUGACAGCGGAAGUGGCGGAUCUGGCACAGACCUUCUGUGGGGAGGGGCCCCCUCCCAGUAUUCCAGCCUAUGGGGAAGCCCCAGGCGGGAGGAUGGCGGGCUCAUUGGCAGCCCUGCUCCAAUCAGUACGCUGCUUCCUGGGGACCUGCUGAGUGGAGAGUCCUUGUAGGAGUCAGAUCAAGUCAGCUUCAGAGGAAGGUGGUCGGCUAAUAGUAGGAUCACCGGGCCUCUUCUGAUUGGUUGCCACCCUCAUCUGAUUGGUGAGCAGUAUCCCUCUGAUUGGUCAGCAGUCUGUUGCACAGCCAGCCAUUCCUUCCAUGACGUCAUCAGAGGAUGUGAUGUGACCUCGCUGAGGCCUGUAAUUUUCCCUUGGCUUUCCCUGAUCAGCCUGACCUGUGGUAGUUUAUGGUCUUUUAUUUGUUUUUUUUUCGUUUGAAGAACUGAUCUGAACUGCUGUUAAAAACCAACCUUUGACCUCCUUCCCUCACACAGCAGGAAACAAUAGAAAUUGUUCCAAAACACUCAGCCUGUUCUAUUGUUUAUUUCUGUGCCGCAGUAUUGGCCUUAAAUGAUCUCACGCUUUUGGUCUUUCAUACGAUUUUAUACUGACUUGAGACUUGAGAGACUCUUGGACAAAUCGCACAGUUUCGUCUGAGGCAACAAUCGUUGUAUGGAACCCAAAGGACAACAUCGCCCCCCGCAGGCCCGGAGGUCUUUGUGUCCAUGACUCUCGAGCACUGACACCGGCGUCUGUUCUGAAUGUUUAUUCGAUUUGCAUAUGUCGCUCCCAUAAGGAUAUUCUCCGGAUGCCGUCGGUUUGGCUGAGGGCCCGUUGAUGUUAAUCACUGCCUUGCUGAUCUGUUAAAAAAAAAAAAACAAACAAAAAAAAUCCCACUGCAGUGCCAGCACCUUGCUGGUGGACACACUGCUGUUGGCCGUUACUUUCCCAUCAGCUCACAUGCUGCCAUAUUCCUCAAGAAAUGUCACCUUCGGUUCAUGUGCAAUAUAUUCCAGAGUCUUCACCAAUAUCCUCGAAGGAAGAUCCGAAGAUUCGUGUUAAUACAGACUCUGCAGGCUUCUCCACGAACCUGCAACGCCUUCGGCCAUUUCUGCUUUUCGAUGAAUACGAGGUAAUCGUUACCCCUGUAAUUACAUCAUAGCACUUACCCUGGAACACAGCCCCAGCUGAUGGGCAGAGGAGGUUCCCACGACGCGCUUUUCAGCCUUCUGCUCCCAGUCUCGCUUGCUUUUCCGGGAGCAGAUAGAGGGCGCUAGUGGGGGACUUGGAUGUACGUGACAGAGUCACGGUGAAAUGUGACAGUCGUGGUCGACUUUUUUUUUCCCCAGUGUUUUUGGUCACUGGAUUUCUUACACACUAUUUCUUACACCCCCACCCCCGAAGCUGGUUUAAUUUGUUUCUGCUCUGUGCUGUUUUAGAGACUUUUAAAGAGGAGGGUCCAGCAUGUCACUGUCUCUAUGCCAGUGUUUCUCCAGUGACCCCCGGACAGUCUAUGUUUUUGCUGUCUGGUAAGGAAGCUGAGAGGGAGCAAAAACGUGGACCGGCCGGAGGUAGCGAAAUGCUGCUCUAUGCAAUGGUUAAGAUAUGUACGACGAGCACUUGUCUGACCCCUGUUGAAGGUCAGCCCCGCCUCGGACGGGACAACAAGCCAAACUGUCAUCAGCGUGUGCCCCCACUUCAGGAGCGAUGCCGCUCCUGAGGAAAUGCACCCCCACAAUACCCGCUCCGUCUCGAUGGCAGGGUAGCGCCAAUAACGAACUUUAUCUCUCGAAAAGCAGUGACACUGAUUUCCUGUUUUAUUUUCUUCCUGUGACUCCCCUCGUGUGGUUAAGCAGGGUUUCAGAAGUGCAUGACCGUUUCACUGAACAUCUCGAUGGCUUGCACACUUACUGGUGACCGGAGAAAGAAUCCCAGCCGUUGCUACCUCACUUGUGUGUUUCCUUCUGUGACUUUGGAUUUACUGAUAUCAAAAGUGGUGAAGGCAGUUAGUGACUGUCCUUGUUUUUCUCUGUAAAGUGUGUCAUACCCGUAACGCCCCACCCAUCACGGAACGUUUGUAGGGCUCCAGGAAAUGUAGUGGGGGGUUGUCUUGGGUGGGGGACCUUUAGGGAAUGAUAUCAACACUGACUCUAUUUUCAAAGCGAGGUUCAUAGCCUGCAUUCUGAAGCUUGGGUUUCAUGCAACACAAACGCCGAAAUCACUGUUGCCCUUCUCAAACGUUUGUCUUGCAGGACCUUCUCCCGAGGUUGCCCCCCUCCUGCCCCCAUGUUGGGCACGGGCCUCAAAAAUGGUUUUUCCCAUUACGCGCAUAUUAAAAGAAAACACAUAUCAACAGAAAAACUGAUUUAAAAAAAACAAAACAUACUUGAAUCUAACAAAGCAACAUUACUGUAAUGUGAAGUUUUUCUAACAGUUUUUUCUCUCAUUCAUAAUCUUCCAGGUUUUUAUAUAUAAAAAAAAAUACAAUAAUAGACUAACAAAUCUUUGGGGGAAAAAUGCUGAAUGACACUGACGUCACGUGAGUGUUUGCACAUUUUUGUGUGUGCUUAUUCGAGACGUGAGAAUCGACUGUGGAUGCCACGCUGUGUUCGUGUGACGGACUUUACCGGCGAUCCUCGAGCCCGGCUCCGCACUCAAUCUGUGCUUCCCCUCAAUCGGCUCCCCGGCCCAAAUGACACACGGCACUCGAGGUGGGGGGGGUGGGGGUUUUGGCGGCCAUCUUUGCUUGUCUCUGUUUACUCAAGGACAGUGACGUUCUCGCAGAAUCUGCCAGAUGUUUUACCUUCUACCUUGCUGUGGCUUUCCUGGCAGAAUAAUUCCAGAAAAGGUCGCGACUCUGAUGAAUGCAUUUUACAAAAAGAAUACACAAAAGAUCAAUUUUUUUUUUUAAAAAAAAGGACUUUGGUGAAAAGUGGCAAUAGACUAGAUGGACUUCAGCUCUCCAUGUCUGAGGACACGUGACAAGAAGACUGUAGGAGCCAGGCUUGUAAUGAAACUCCAUUCAGUGGUGCCUACCUUAGUGUUUUGUUUGUUUGUUCAACAUAUCUUUGCAAAGGCCACCUGUUGUUUACAAACGUUUGGUAUUUCUAACAUUCAAGGAAAGAGAUUUUAUGACGGGAACGGUUGAAAAAUAAACAAGUUCUCUUCCAUCAAAUAAAAACACUAUACAAGAAGGUUAUUGUGCUAAUUUCAGAACUCUGGGAAUGAUUCAUGUCGUAUGUCAGUGUUACUGUUAAUCAUCUUUAAUAGCCUCUCUGAGCUGUACAUUUUUUUUUUUGGGGGGGUGGGGGGGGGAGUUUAAAUUCCGCAUUGCUUGCACAGAGGAAAAAAGUGGACGUCUCAGGAAAAAGUUCCAGAGUACAAACUCCACGCCAUUAAUUUUUAUAAUUUAAAAAAAUAUCAAAAUUUAAAAAAAGGUAAAGAAACUGAAUAAAAGAUGCUAAAUUGUUAUGUUUACCAAAUAUUGGAUUUAAAAAGUGACGUGACUGCUUUUGUAUAAAAUCUAUGUAAUAAAACUGCUUUAAAUUUUUAAAUCACUAGUUGGCGAAAACUCGGUGGCUGUACAUUUUAAAUUCAUUAUGAGGUACUUCCUGUCAAACUAGGAGUUUGUGCAUUAAUAUUUCUCGCCUUUGUCAUUCUUCCUCAUGUGGCAGAUAAUUCAAUGACAGAAUUGUCUUUUUGGGAUGCACUUCAAAAAAAGGGAAAAAAACCUGUGUGGUUUGUCACGUUAAACAGCUCACGAUCUAUGCACAGCGGUUAGGGUUCGAGGGGCGGGGCCUUUCUAGAUGCUAACGGCAUGUUAGCCCCGCUUUCCGCUCCAUUGUAGUUUCUCUUGUUGGCCUCUAUGUUAGGUUACCAUGCUGUAUAUUCCAAAACCAAUGAGUCUCCGUCUACAUGGUGCCGAGGUUGUUUGUAUUAUCACAUGUGAUCAAAGUGUCAUAUCUCUACUUUCUGUGGGAAAUGGGGAGGGUCGCCUUUAAAUUUUUACUUUGACUGUAUCAAAAUAGUGUUUUUCUUCAUAUUACCUAAAAUGGUGUGGUUCAUGUCAACAUGCAGCAAAGAGAUUAAUGAACUGUGGAACUUCUCUCAAACGAUUAAUAAAUUAGCUGUUUUUUUGUU